GAUGCAGCCGGAGCCAGGAUAGUGAAGAUUCGUGUGUUUUUAUCCUGUCUGUCAGCUUAAAUCUAAUAAGUGUAAUUGGGAAAUUGUGAUGAAGUGAGUCAGAAAGGCAGAAAUACACAGACGGACUCAAAGGAGGCUUUAAAGUCAAUUCAAGCUAGAACAGAAUGGCCGGCUAGUUCCCCUCAUUCUCUCUUCCGUUCAGCGUGUGAGGUCAGAGGUCAUGGCUGGGGAUUGCGGCGUAUUCGUGGACUGGUCUCAGAUGGGCGAUGUGUCUCGAGACGCAGCUCCUGGUAAGACUGAAUAUAAAGACUUGAAGGAGCUGAAGCAGCAUGCGCGCUCAGGCCAAUGGGCGAAAAACCACAGCCAGCGCUCUGCCGUUUACCAACACCUGCUUAAAGCCCUGCCCUGUCGCACAGUCACCCCUGACGCUGAGGUUUACCGUGAUAUCGUGGGUAAUUCCACCAGCAAACGUAAUCCAUCUGCGUAUCCAUUACCGGAGUUUGUUGAUGGGACUGCAGUGCCGCAGUACUGUCUAAAAGCAGAGUCUAUAGGCUCAGUGCAUGCUGUGAUUUCCUGCGUGGCAGGGCAGUUUCCGGAUAUCUCACACUGUCCCUCAUUGCCUGCUGUGACCGCAUUGAUGAUGCACUGGAGCCCGGAUGAAGCUCAAUGCUUCGAGAGCGUCAGCCGAAUGUUAGCAUGCAACGAACCAGGCCGGCGCUUACUAGAUCAAACGUUCCUCGCGUAUGAAUCCGCAUGCAUGACCUUCGGCGACCUCGUGCAUAAAUACUGCCCGGCUGCGCAUAAGCUGAUGGUUGCCACGGCGACGGAUGUACUGGAGGUGUACUCCGACUGGCAGCGGUGGGUUUUCGGAGAUCUGCCGUUCAGCUUUGCGGCGCGCGUGCUGGAUGUGUUUUUGGUGGAGGGCUAUAAGGUGCUUUAUCGCGUCGCUUUGGCCAUUUUGAAGUUUUACCGCAAGCAGUUUGUGGCCUCCAACUCGGCUCCGAGCAAGCAGGACUCGGCGGCGGUCAGGAGGGACAUUCAGACGUUUGUGCAGAGCAUUGGGAAGAGCGUGACGCCGGAUAAACUGCUGGAAAAGGCGUUUUCUAUUCGUCUCUUCAGCCGGAAGGAGAUCACGCUGCUGCAGCUGGCCAAUGAGAAAUCACUGCAGCAGAAAGGCAUCACUGUCAAGCAGAAGAGCUCUAUCAAAAGGCAGAAUGUCCAGCUAGCCGUGAACGCAGAUAAUUUCAGCUCGGAGAUCGUCAGCGCUAAAGAGAUCCGAGAUAUCUGGUCGUGGAUCCCGGAGCGAUUCGCUUUGUGUCAGCCACAGCUGCUUUUCACCACAUCUACACACGGCUGCAGCCUCAACCGGUUUUAUGCACAUUGUGAGGGAUAUGAGCCGACGCUGUUGCUCAUCAGAACUACAGACAGAGAGGUCUGCGGAGCCUUCCUGUCCACUGAUUGGGAAGAGAGAAAAAGGGGCGGGAACAAGCUGAGCUUCUUUGGCACUGGAGAGUGUUUUGUUUUCAGGAUGAAGCCAGAGAUGGAGCGUUACGAGUGGGUCAUUAUCAAACACCCAGAGCUGGCCAAAUCAGCUCAGUCCGCAGAGGAUCAGAGCAGCGUGGAGGACAACGGGACGCCGCACUCUGGAGAAACUCUGGAGAAACCCACCACUGACUCGUCUCACCUCUCACCGUUCCUGUCCGCUCGACACUUCAACCUCAACUCCAGAAACACGUCCAUGUUCAUGGCUGGAAACGUCGACUCCAUCAUUAUCGGCGGAGGUGACGGAAACGCUCUGUACAUCGACUCUGAGCUGAACCACGGCCGAACCGAGCGCUGUCUGACGUUUGACAACCCGCCGCUGUGUGCAGAGAGUUUCCAGGUGGCCCUGCUGGAGGUCUGGGGCUUCAAAGACGCCAUGGGUUCAUAAGAAAGGCUGAGGCUGUAAGAUCUGCUGUGUUGUGAUUUAUAAACGUCCAUUCAUGUUGGUGUUAACGGAGAUACCAUGCACUAAAAGAUCCCAUCCGAGCUCCAGUCAAGAUUACUGUUUAUCGUGUAUAUUUAUCAGUACAAAUUAUAUCAAGGUUUAGUUGUGUUUUGUUCAUAUCAGAUGAAGAACCAGUGUUGGUGUUAUCCAGAGGGAUAGUUCACACAGAAAAAUGAAAAUCACCUCAUUGUUUACUCUGCCUAACGUUGGAGUUUGUUUAUUCUGUUGAACACAAAAGAAGAUAUUUUGAAGAAUGCUGGAACUUCCAUAGUCGGAAAAGAAAUGGGGGUCAAAGGAUGCCAGCAUUUUUCUAAAUAUCUUCUUUUGCCUUUUAAAGAAGAAAGAAGCUCUAAUAUGUUUGGUGUAUGCUGAGUAAAUAAGGACAGAAGGUUCAUUUUUGGGUGCACUGUCCCUUUAAUAUAUAUGUUUCCAUAUGGAUGUCAUAUAUUUAUAUCAAAAGUGAUCAAAGUUUUGUUUUAUUCUCCCAAAUUUCCUUCAUUCCUGCAUGCAGCUUUGUGCCAAUUGGAAAAACAUUUGAUUUAUCCUCUAGACUUGUCGUAAGAGGAUCAUAAAAACAUAGACCUCAUGUCAUAAACUAAGCUAAACACACAUUUCUGGGGCAUUCAAUGUGUGUAAAUGGCAUUCCAGUGUUCUUCAAAUCAGAAAUGAAUAAUUAUCUCAUGAUUAACUCAUUAUCCUCCAUGACUUUCAUAUACUGAAAAUUAAGGAUCAGGUGUGUCAAGCUGCUUUAAGUACACAAACAAAACACACAGGUUAAAUUAAAAGUGAAACAAGCUUGUGGAUUACAUUCCAUGUCUUUUGUAGCUAUAAGUUUACUGUUUUGUGAAGAACUUGCGCAUCUCAUUUGCAUAUUGUGCAUAUUCAUGACCUUAGACCUGACACAAAACGGGUUUGAAUGUGCAUGUUUGAUUUGAUGAGGCUUAAAGGGAGGGUUUACUGAAAAAUAAUUACACAUUUUCUGUUAAUUUAAUCAUUUAAUCUGAUCAUCCAAUGUGAAAGUAAGUUUUUUUUUCUUCAGAAGAACAUGUACGAAGGUUAAAUCUGUAGUCUUUGGUGAUUAAUAUAACGAAGUACACUGCAAACAAUUAUUUUCUUAAAGUUUUUAUCUUGUUUCUAGUCUAAAUAUCUAAAAAGACUUACAUCAAGGAGCGUUUUCCAGACAAGUGAAAAGUAUUAAAAUGCUUCAGGGGUAAUUAAUGUGUCGGUGCUCUUUGGGUAAGCGAGACUUAAAGAUAUGCAGCAGAAUUAUAAGUCCAAAUGCACUCAAGGAAUUAUUUUAUAAGCCUUUAUUAACAUGGCUAUUCCAUUAAAACUACUCCAAGUCUGAAAUCAAAUCUGAAAUCAGCACCAAGUGUGUAGUUUUAUGGAGUAGCCAUGUUAAUAAAGGCUUUUUAAAUAAUUGUUUUCACAAUUUAAGAGUGCAUCGGACUUAAUUUUUGACUUAAUUAUUAACUUUAAACUUUGUUUUUAGAAAUAAUACAUAAAAAUAAAGUAGGGUUUUCACCCUUAAACAAGUGAAAUAAACUUAGUUUAAAGAAAAACAGGACUAUUUUGCCUUACUGACAUAUUAUUUGGCUUGUUUUAAUGAAAAUCCCACUUAAUUUUGACCUAUUAUUUCUGAAAACACAACUACUUUUUAACCUGUCUAGAAAAUGCUUAUUGAUUUAGAUUUUUUUAGAUAUUUAGACUAAAAUAAAGACAAAUAAAAACUCGUUUUUUUGUGUGUGGUGUAAACAGUGUCAGAGUAAAAAAACACAAACAGGCAAAACUGAAUUAAUAUUAGCUCCACACUGAGGUCUUUCAAAGCAAAGCAAUCAUUAUCUUUUCACUUUAGAAGAUCCUAAUUUAUCAUCUUUGAUUAUAUCAUUCAUAUAAAAAUCCUUUUUAAAGAGAUACUUCCCCCAAAAAUAAAAAUACAGUUAAUUUACUCGCUCUCAAGCUAUAUAGGAUGUAGGUGACCUUUUUUUCAUGGUCUUCAGUCGAACAUUAGUGAAGAUUUCCAGCUGAAUCUGUUGUUUUUGUGACUCAUAUAAUGCAAGUCAAUGGUAACCUUUUAUUAAGAUUCAAAAUUAACACAUACAAUUAAGUCCAAAUCAAACCCUAUGGCUUCUGAUGAUACAUGAAGCAAAAUUAAUCAAUCUGUGCAAGAAAUUCAAUCAUAUAAUGCAUUUUUUGUGAUUCAUAUAAUGCAAGUCAAUGGUGAUCUGCUAUUAAGAUUUAAAAUUAACACAUACAAUUAAGUUUAAAUUAAAUCUUGUGUCUCCUGAUCAUACACAGAGAUCUUACGAAGCAAAAUUAAUCAAUCGGUGCAAGAAAUUAAAUCAUAUAAUGCAUUUUUUGUGAUUAAUAUAAUGCAAGUCAAUGGUGACCUGUUAUUAAGAUAAAAAUUAACACAUGCAAUUAAGUCCAAAUGAAAUCCUGUGGCUCCUAAUGAUACACCGAGAUCUUAUAAAGUAAAAUUGAUCAAUCUGUGCAAGAAAUUGAAUCGUAUAAUGCAAUUUUUGUGAUUAAUAUAAUACAAGUCAAUGGUGACCUGUUAUCAAGAUAAAAAUUAACACACGCAAUUAAGUCCAAAUGAAAUCCUGUGGCUCCUAAUGAUACACCGAGAUCUUAUAAAGUAAAAUUGAUCAAUCUGUGCAAGAAAUUGAAUCAUAUAAUGCAUUUUUUGUGAUUCAUAUAAUGCAAGUCAAAGGUGAUCUGCUAUUAAGAUUUAAAAUUAACACAUACAAUUAAGUCUAUAUUAAAUCUUGUGUCUCCUGAACAUACACAGAGAUCUUAUGAAGCAAAAUUGAUCAAUCGGUGCAAGAAAUUAAAUCAUAUAAUGCAAUUUUUUGUGAUUAGUAUAAUGCAAGUCAAUGGUGACCUGUUAUUAAGAUAAAAAUUAACACAUGCAAUUAAGUCCAAAUCAAACUCUGUGUAUACUGAUGAUGCACCCAGAUCUUGUGAAGCAAAAUGUAUUAGUUGGUGCCAAAAAAUUAAAUCAUAUAAUGCAAUUUUUGUGAUUCAUAUAAUGCAAGUCAAUGGUGACCUGUUAUUAAGAUUUAAUAUAACGAAGGCAAUAAGUCCAAAUCAAGCCCUGUGGCUUCUGAUUGUACAUGAAUCAAAAAUGAUGAUUCUGUGCAAAAAAUGUAAUCAUAUAAUGCACUUUUUUUCUGAGUUGUACAGUGUGAGUCAAUGGUGACCUGUUGUUAAGCUUAAAAAAAUAACACCUGCAGUCCAAAUCUAUCCCUGUGGCUCCUGAUGAUACAUAAAGCAAGAAAGAUCAAUCGGUGCAAGAAAUUAAAUGUAAUUUGCUUUAAUUUAAUGCGUUUAUCUCAGUUUAUCACAGGGAUUUAUUUGGAUUUGUUUGCAUGCUUCAAUUUUUAAUCUCAAAACGGGUCACCAUUGACUUGCAUUAGACGAAUCACAGAUAAAAAUCCUCUUUAAUGUUUUGCUGAAGAAAGAGAGUCACCUACAUCCUCAAUAGCCUGAUGGAGAGACUAAAUAAACUGUAAAUGCAUAAUCUUUGUAUGAACUAUCAGUUUAAUGUGCACUGAAGGAAAAGAAAGAUCACCCACAGUACGUCUUUGAUUGCACGUUUUCAUUUUUGCAUGAACCGUCCCUUUGAAUUCACCCCAUUGAAUGUAAUUGAUCAUAUCAUUCCGUCCAAAUCCCGAAGAACCAUACAGAAAUAUGUUUUAAUCAUCUAAACAUACAUAUUAAAUAUGCACAGGUUGAAUUGCAAUGAUCCAGUGUUUCUGUUAAUCGUUCAGUGCUCUAAGCUCGGUAUAUGAAGACAUAAUCAGCACUAUUUUAAGUGGGAAGUAUUACGUUUUAUGAUUUAUCCUUCGUUCCUUUGCACUCGUUUUAAUUUGCGUAAUGUUAGGAAGUCAUCUAUGAAGUAAUAUCAGUAAUAAUAUGAUUUAGGGGUCAGUUUCUAUGCAUUGCAGUACGAAUGUUUCCUGUCUUUUGAAGUAGAGCUUUGAUGAACAACUGGUUGUUAAUGAGUGUUUGUUUGAUGUAUGUGCGCAUUGUGAUGUUUUUUCCAUAUCAAGUUGUGUGUUUGUGUAUUAUGCAACUCAUUCUGUGUGUGUAUGUGUGUAUGAAGUCUGAAACAUGCAAAAACAUGUGGGUAAUUACCCUAAAUUAUAGUGUCAAACAUGUAGUGAUCUUGUUUCUCCUUUCCAUUUGCUCUUCAAGUGAAGAAUAAAAAACUGCAAGCUGUCAUUACAAU